UAGAAAAAAGAAAAUAAAUUAUACAGAGAGUUGAAUUACAAAAAAAAAAGAGAAAUUUGAGUAUAUUUGGAAAAAUCUAAAACAAAAAAAAAAUUAAUAUAGAAAUUAAGUGUUAUAAAAGUGUGUAAUUUAGUUGCUCAAAAAUCAUAUUUAAAAAUUGAAAAAAAACCAAACAAAUUUAUUUAUUAAUUUUAUUUACUUCCAUUUAAUUAUUUAAUGAUUAUUUUUGUUUUUUAUAAUUUAUAAUAUCCAAUAAUAUUAGUAUAUUUUGUGUGAAAAAAUAAUUUAAUAUCAAAAGCAAAAAUUCAGUACAGUUGAUUUUGAAUACGAUUACGAAUAUAUUGAUGCUGAUAUGGAUGAUCGUGAUAGCUUGUAUUAUGAUACCAUUUCAAUAGGUGGUCAAUCAUCAGAACCUGGAAAUAAUCGACGUUCAUUAUCAUUAUCAAGACAAACAAUUUAUCAUUCAGCUGUUGAUUUACCAUCAGAUCCAAAUCAAAAUAAUUCAACACCAAUAAAAAAUCAAUUAUUAUAUGAUCAAAAUAAAAAUAAUCAUUUAUCACAACCUCAUUUACAUAAUUAUUUAAGUAAUAAUAAUAGUAAUAUAACAGCAUCUGGUACAAUAACAACUGGAACAAAUAGAUCUGAUUUAUUAUCUGGUCAUAAUACUGCCAAUUAUAGUGGAAUACAUUUAUCAUAUGGUGGUGGUAGUGGUAUAAAUAAUCGUAAUUCAGCACCACCAAAUACAUAUUUUAGUAGACAAUCAACAUAUUUAGAUGUCAUUAAUGAUUAUGCAGAUGGACCAAGUUUAACUGGUGGUGGACCACCAGGUGGACAUUCAGAUGAGGUGUCUGCAAGACUUUUAAACGAUAAUAGUUUAACUAAAAAAUUGCCAAUUACGUACUCCCAAUGGAAAACUAGGACGUGGCGUCGAUUUCAAGAUGGUGAAAGAUCUGUUGAUUUUGUAUUGGCAUAUAGGGGUGAUGAUCCAAAUCCACAAAACCAUGUUAAAAGGCAAACAUUUGAACAGAAUUUAGAAAAAGAAGGAUUACAAUUAGAACGGGAAAAAACUCAAAAAAUUCACUUUGUUAAAAUUCAUGCACCAUUAGAUGUUCUAAAACGUUACUGUGAAAUAUUAAAAAUUAAGAUGCCAAUUAAAAAGUUGCGCGAACAAGAUAUGUGCAAUGUACCAGAAUUUCAAUUAAUGCAAGAAAUGAAAUCAUUUUUUGGUCGACCUUUUCAAUUUGUUAAAUUAGAUCCAGAAAAAUUUCCACCAAGAGAUUAUAAAUUACAUUUUGAUUAUUCUAGAAAUUAUGAAUAUUUAUUUGAUUCAGAUAACCAAGAUUUUUUUGAUUCAACUGUAAGAAUUGUUGUUAUUAAUUUUAUAUUGGAACGACAACGUUUUAUAAAUGAUGAUGAAUUUGGUAUUAAUACGGCAAAAACACAAAAUCUUAUAGGAAUAGAAAAACUUUUACAAGAUAAAGUUUAUGAGAAUGCAUUUCCUUUACAUGAUGGUGAUGGUUAUACAUUUGGAAGUCAACGAUAUCUUUUGUUAACAGAAUGGGCUUCACUUAAAAAAUGGAUAAAGCAUCAACCAUUAGAUUAUAUUAAAGAAUAUUUUGGACCGAAAAUUGCCUUAUAUUUUGCUUGGUUAGGUUUUUAUACACAUAUGUUAAUUCCAGCUUCUGUAGUCGGUAUUAUAUGUUUUUUAUAUGGUUUAGCAACAUUAUCAUCUGAUAAGCUCAGUAAUGAUAUAUGUAAUGAGAAUAAUACAAUCAUUAUGUGCCCACAAUGUGAUGUUAAAUGUGACUAUUGGUUAUUAAAAGAAACCUGUACAUCAUCAAAAUUCAAUUAUUUAUUUGAUAAUGGUUUAACGUUAAUGUUUGCGCUGUUUAUGUCCUUUUGGGCUGCCUUAUAUUUAGAAUUAUGGAAACGAUAUUCAGCUAGUUUAAUACAUCGUUGGGGUUUAACAGAUUUUUCAGAUCAAGUUGAACACCCAAGACCACAAUAUCUUGCCAAAAUACAAAAUUCAAAAAAUGCAGCUACAAAAUUUAAUGUUGUUCAUAAAGUUUUAGAACCGCAUGUGCCUUUUUGGAAAGUUAAAUUUCCAUCAUUCGUAAUGAGUUAUUCAGUAGCUAUAUUAUUUAUUUGUUUAUCAGUUUGUGCAAUAUUUUCAUUAAUAGUUUAUCGUAUGUCACAACGUACAGCACAUAAUUUAUAUGGUAAUCGUGAUACAAUGACAUAUAAAAUAAUGGUAUUACCAUUAACUGCCGGUAUUAUUGAUUUAAUUGUAAUAACAAUAUUAGAUCAAGUAUACGGUUAUUUAGCUGUAUUUUUAACUGAUAUUGAAUAUCGUCGUACACAUACUGAAUAUAAUGAAAGUCUGACUAUUAAAAUGUACCUAUUUCAAUUUAUUAAUUAUUAUUCAUCGUUAUUUUAUAUCGUAUUUUUAAAAGGUAAAUUUGUUGGUUAUCCAGCUAAAUAUAAUAGAAUAUUUUCAUUUCGACAAGAGGAAUGUAAUCCUGGCGGUUGUUUAAUGGAAUUAUGUCUUCAAUUAUGUAUUAUAAUGAUGGGUAAACAAAUUGUAAAUGCAUUAAUUGAAAUGCUAUUACCAUAUUUAAUAAAAACAUAUAGUAAAUUAAGAAUACGUUUUGGUUUAUCAACUGGUGACAGUAAAGAAAAAUUAAUAUCAUGUAAUCAAUGGACUGAUGAUUAUCAUUUGCUUAAAUGGACAAAUACAUCAUUAUUUAGUGAAUAUUUAGAAAUGAUUUUGCAGUAUGGCUUUAUUACAAUUUUUGUUGUUGCGUUUCCAUUAGCACCAGUAUUUGCCUUAUUAAAUAAUAUUGUUGAAAUGAGGUUAGAUGCUUUAAAAUUAUUAAAAUUCUAUCAAAGACCAAUUGCACAAAGAAUUAAAGAUAUUGGAGUUUGGUAUAAUAUAAUGUCAAUUGUUAGCAGGAUAGCUGUAGGAACAAGUGCAUUUAUAAUAGCAUUCUCAUCCAAUUUUAUACCAAAAUUAGUUUAUAAAUAUACAGUUAAUUCGGAGCAUAAUUAUGAUGGUUAUCUUAAUUUCACAUUAGCUUAUUUCGAUACAAGAGACUUUCAGGAGGGAACAGCGCCAAUGCAGAGUCAUUUCCAAAACGUUAGUGAAUGUCGUUAUCCUGAAUUUCGUAAUCCAUAUAAUAUAGCCAAUGAGGAAGAAAAAUAUAAGAGACCAUUAAUAUAUUGGAGGAUAUUCACAGCUCGGCUAGCUUUUAUUGUAAUUUUCCAGAAUAUUGUGGGCAUGGUUCAAUCAUUAGUUGCAUGGACAAUACCUGAUGUACCCGGUAAAUUAAGAAAUCGUAUUAAACGUGAAGAAUAUUUAACAAGAGAAUUAAUUAUUGAACAUGAAAAACGCGAAGCAAUCCGAAAAGAAAUUAAUAAAGAUAAUAAUGAUGAAAACAAUGAUAAUGGUGGUGAUAGUAUAUCAAAUCAAAGACCAUUACAAACAUCUGAAUCUACAUUUAAAGAUAAUACUAGUAAAGUAAAUGAAAUUGAUGAAAAAUCAAUAAAUAAACAUCAAUCACAAUUGCCACAACCAUCGAAUAAUUCAUCAACAUCAACAACAACAACUCUUGUUCCAACAAUUCAAACACCAGUCGAUGAUGCAAAUGUAGUAGAUUCAAAUUCAAGCUCAAAUUUAUUGGAUACCGAAUCGGAUAUGAUUGAUACACCAUUAUAUGCUCAACCUUUAACACAUCCUCCAGAAAUGACUGAAUCUCUUAAUUAUCCUAGAAGACGUUUACAACCUGAAUAUUAUUUGGAUAGAACAACACCAGUUUGAGAUUUACUUAAAAAACAUCAUUUGUACAUUUUAUAUGAAUAGGAUCAUAGGAUUAAAUAAAAACAAAAAUUAUUGUAAAAUAUGUAAUUAUUUAUAAAAAUUGUAAAAAUCGAAAUUUUACAUACAACUUUGUAUAUAAUAUUAUGACAUACUUACAAUUUAAGUUUAUAUAGGGAAAAUAAACUCUCUUUUAGUUUAAGCUUUUAUGUUUUAUAAUGUUUUAUAAUGAAAAUAACAAAAAAAAAAAACAAAUCCGUUUAGAUUUUUGAUAAAAAAUUAAU